AUGAAUUCAGCAGAGAAGGCGUUUGAUGAAAUGUGUGAGAGAGAUGGGGUUUGUUUUGCCGCGAUGAUCAAUGGGUUGGCUCAGAAUAAGAGGCCUAUUGAUGCUUUGAGAUACUUUACUGAGAUGAGGAGGGAAGAUAUAUUGUCAAAUCCGUACAGCGUUUCUGGGGCUUUGUGCGCUGGGUCUGGGAUGACCAUGUUCGAGCAAUGUCGGAUUAUUCAUGGACACGCAAUGGUGACCGGGUUGGAUUUGGAUGUGAUCGUAGGGACUGCGUUGAUUGAUGGGUAUGGAAAAUGUGGGGUCUUGGAGGACGCAAGAAAAGUGUUUAAUGAGUUGGGAAUGGAAUUGAAUCUAGUUGGAUUUAAUGCAAUGAUGGCAGGGUAUGCGCAACAUGGGGAUAAAGAAUAUGUGAUUGAGCUUUUGAGCUUGAUGGAGAGUCGAGGAAUGAAGCCCGAUGAGUAUAGUUUUUUGGCAAUUUUGACAGCAUUUUACAAUGCUGGUAUGACCAUAGAGACUGAGAGGUGGUUUAAUAAGAUGGAAAUGGAGUAUAAAUUGAAGCCUCGGAUUGAGCACUACACUUGUUUGGCAGGUGCAUUAGGGAGAGCUGGAAGGUUAGAGGCGGCAGAGAAAAUUGCUUUGACAAUUCCCUAUGAGCCUGAUGCAGCCAUAUGGCGCGUGUUAUUGUCAAGUUGUAUGAACCAUGAAAAUGCCAGCAUAGCUUGGAGAAUGAGCGAGAGAUUGCAGGCAAUUGAUCCAAAUGAUGAUUCAGCUUAUGUGAUUUUGGCAAAUGUAUUAGCAAGUGCGGGGAGCUGGGACGAGGUUAAAGAAGUUUGGAAAAUAAUGAAAGAUAGGAAAGUGAAAAAGGAAGUUGGAAGGAGUUGGAUUGAAGUGCAGGGAGCAGUUCAUGUGUUCUUUUCUGGAGAUAGAAGGCACGUGAGGAACAACGAAAUAUAUGCAAAGCUAGCAGAGUUGAUGGAGGAGAUAGAGAAAUUAGGCUAUGUGCCGAUUUGGGAAGAAAUGUUUCAUGAAUUAGAGAAGAACGAGAAGAGGAAGAUGCUUUCAUAUCACAGUGAGAAACUGGCUGUUGCUUUUGGGCUUUUGAGUGGGGUUACACCUCCUGGAAAGGCUUUGAGGAUUAUAAAGAAUUUGAGGAUUUGUAAGGAUUGUCAUGAAGCAUUCAAGUACAUUAGCAGAGUAGUAGAGAGGGAAAUAAUUGUAAGGGAUGUUCGUAGAUACCAUAGGUUCUUGAAUGGUACUUGUAGUUGUGAUGAUUAUUGGUAA